AACGGAGAAGGAGCCCAAGUCUAAUGACGAAUCUACAGAUGAGUCUGAAGAAGAUGACAGUGAAGCAGAGCCCAAACUGAAGUAUGAAAGGCUUUCUAAUGGGGUAACAGAAAUUCUCCAGCAGGAUGUGGCCAGUUGCAUGACAGUUCAUGAGAAGUUUUUGGCACUUGGAACACAUUAUGGCAAGGUUUAUUUACUUGAUGUCCAGGGGAACAUCACCCAACAGUUUGAUGUUAGCCCAGUGAAGAUCAAUCAGAUUAGCCUGGAUGAAAGUGGAGAACACAUGGGUGUAUGCUCGGAAGACGGCAAGGUGCAGGUGUUUGGAUUGUACACAGGAGAAGAAUUCCAUGAAACUUUUGACUGUCCGAUUAAAAUUGUUGCUGUUCACCCUCAAUUUGUGAGAUCGCAUAACAAACAGUUUGUAACUGGAGGAAACAAGUUAUUGUUAUAUGAAAAGACCUGGAUGAACAGAUGGAAGCCUUCCAUUUUACAUGAAGGAGAGGGAAAUAUAAGGAAUGUUAAGUGGAGAGGAAACCUAAUUGCUUGGGCCAAUAAUAUGGGCGUGAAGAUACUCGACGUGAUCACGAAGCAAAGAAUCACCAACGUGCCCCGAGACGAUAUAAGCCUUCGUCCUGAUAUGUAUCCUUGCAGCCUUUGCUGGAAAGAUAAUUUAACACUGAUUAUUGGCUGGGGAAAUUCAGUAAAGAUAUGCUUUGUAAAAGAACGACAUGCCAGCGAAAUGCGAGAUCUGCCCAGCCGUUAUGUGGAAAUAGUUUCCCAGUUCAACACCGAAUUUCACAUCAGUGGGGUUGCACCUCUCUGUGACCAGCUUGUUGUGCUCUCUUAUGUGAAGGAGGUUUUGGAGAAAACGGAAACAGAAUACUGUGCCAGACCUCGGCUCGAUAUAAUUCAGCCGUUUCCUGAGUCUUGUGAAGAAAUUUCUUCCGAUGCUCUAACAGUCAGAGGCUUCCAGGAAAACGAAUGCCGAGAUUAUCGCUUAGAGUAUUCAGAAGGCGAAUCGCUUUUUUACAUCAUCAGUCCGAGAGAUGUUGUUGUGGCCAAAGAACGAGAUCAAGAUGACCACAUUGAGUGGCUCCUAGAGAAGAAGAAAUAUGAAGAAGCUUUGAUGGCAGCUGAGAUCAGUCAGAAGACCAUGAAAAAACACAAAAUUCAAGACAUAGGUUUAGCCUACAUAGAACAUCUAAUGAAAAUUGGAGAAUAUGAUCUUGCAGCACGAAAAUGCCAGAAAAUACUUGGAAAAAACACAGAUCUCUGGGAAUUUGAAGUACAUCGUUUUAAAGAAAUUGGACAACUUAAGGCAAUUAGCCGCUAUUUGCCAAGACAUGAUUCCAUCUUGAAACCUUUCAUUUAUGAAAUGGUCUUACAUGAAUUCCUGGAGAGCGACUAUGAGGGUUUUGCAACACUAAUAAGGGAGUGGCCUGGGAAUCUCUAUAACAACACCAUCAUUGUCCAAGCAGUAGUCGAUCGCUUGAAGAAGGAUCCCCAGAACAGGACUUUACUGAAGACGCUGGCUGAGUUGUACACCUAUGACCAACGCUAUGGAAAGGCCCUUGAAAUUUACCUCACACUGAGACAUAAAGAUGUUUUCCAGCUGAUCCACAAACACAAUCUUUUCAGCUCCAUCAGGGACAAAAUUGUUCUGCUAAUGGAGUUUGAUUCAGAGAAAGCAGUUGACAUGCUUUUGGAUAACGAAGAUAAAAUCUCUAUCAACAGAGUUGUGGAAGAAUUAACAAACAGGCCGGAAUUGCAACAUGUGUAUUUGCAUAAACUUUUCAAGAGAGACCACCACAAAGGGCAAAAGUUCCACGAGAAACAGAUCAGCCUCUAUGCCGAAUAUGACCGGCCAAACUUACUUCCAUUUCUCAGAGACAGCACCCACUGCCCAUUAGAAAAGGCUCUUGAAAUCUGUCAGCAAAGAAAUUUUGUAGAAGAAACAGUUUAUCUUUUGAGCAGAAUGGGCAACAGCCGGAGCGCCCUGAAGAUGAUAAUGGAGGAACUGAACGACGUUGAUAAGGCUAUUGAAUUUGCCAAAGAGCAAGAUGACGCGGAACUUUGGGAGGACCUCAUCUUGUAUUCCAUUGACAAACCACCUUUUAUUACUGGCUUGUUAAAUAACAUUGGGACGCACGUUGAUCCUAUCCUCCUCAUCCAUCGUAUAAAAGAAGGCAUGGAGAUUCCGAACUUAAGGGACUCCUUGGUAAAAAUUCUCCAGGAUUACAAUUUACAGAUUAUGCUUCGGGAGGGAUGCAAGAAGAUCCUUGUUGCUGACUCACUGUCCUUGCUGAAAAAGAUGCACCGAACACAAAAGAGAGGGGUCCUUGUGGACGAGGAGAGUAUCUGUGAAGCAUGCCUUUCCACCAUACUGCCUACAAAUGCGUCCGAAGCCAUCCGAGUCACCGUGUUUCACUGCAGGCAUAUGUUCCACAAAGAGUGUAUUCCUGAACCUAACACAAUCUCGACAGUGAAGUUCUGUAACAUCUGCAGUGCUAAGCACCGAGGCCCAGGCAGUGCUAUCCUAGAGAUGAAAAAAUAACAUUCUCUGGCAAGCCAAGCAUCUCUGUUCGCUAUGUAUGUGACUGUUUUGAUAUGGCACAGAGGAGUAAUUCUUCAUUGCUAAUGCCUGUGUCUGUUUAAUUCUGGCUAGGGACAUGUAGACGGGGAAUCUUUAAUCAUCUCGCCCGCUGCUCUUUCCUAUGCUGAUCCCUAGUGAUAAAAAAGCAAAAAAGAAAUCAAUGUAUCGUCAGCUGACAUAUCACCACUGCACAGUUCAAAGUUGGUCUAUAUUUGUCUCAUUAAUGAAAAUAGUAACACUAAUUGUAAAAUGUCUUUGCUAUGUUUUGUUUGCAAGAUGGUGAUGUGUGUUGUCUGGCUUGAAUUCAUAUUGGAGGAUACUGUCUGGUCUUUAUGAAUUCAGGAACAUUUGGGAUCUUACUACUGCAUAUUUAUCCUGACUGUUCAAAGUGGCAAACCAAUGUGUGGUGGGCUAGGCUGGGAGCGAGUGAUAGGCCUAAGAUAACCCUGGUUGAGUGCAUAUGUGAACCUAGGUUUCCCCUGUCCUAGUCCAGCACCCUAUCCACACUAUUGCUAACAUCCUCAGUCAAUCUGUCUUUGUGGAUGCCAUAACUGCCUUCUGGGGACUUACAGAGAAUUGCAAAACCCUCUAAAAUGCAAUGCAUACCAGAGAAUAACAACAACAUUGGAAGAGCCCUACUGGAGCAGCAUCUUGUUUCCGGUAAUUGGCAUCUAGAUGUCUCUGAAAAGCUUAUGACAUAAAGGCAAUGGCCCUCUCCUACUCUCUGUCAUGGUCAUUUGAUAUGCAGGGGCAGGGCUUUUUUUCAGCUGGAACGCGGUGGAACGGAGUUCCGGAACCUCUUGAAAAUGAUCACAUGGCCAGUGGCCCCACCCCCUGAUCUCCAGACAGAGGGGAGUUUAGAUUGCCCUCCGCGCCUCUGUCUAGAGAUCGGGGGCGGGGCCACCAGCCACGUGACCAUUUUCUCCAAGGGCAACCCACUGAGUUCCACCACCUCUUUUCCCAGGAAAAAGCCCUGUGCAGGGGUAUACAUGGCCUCUGGAUUUACAACUUCCACUUAGCGAUCAAGGACACUUCCCAUCAAGGAAAAGAUAUUUGUGUUUACAUGUAAAAAAUAUUCCCCUUAAUUUUCAGACUUUUCCCCUGGGUGUACCUUGUGAUUGCUUACAGGGUUUAAAAUAGUGUCUAAGAAAAGUCGCCUGAUAGUUCACAUAACCACACGGUCAAGAGACAGUAGUUGAUCCUACAGCUUUUGUGUAUGUGUAAAGCACCAGCAAGUUGCAGCUGACUUAUGGCGACCCCAUAGGGAUUUCAAGGCAAGAGAUGAACAGAGGUGGUUUGCCAUUGCCUGCCUCUGCAUAGCAACCCUGGAUUUCUUUGGUGAUCUCCUGUUCAAGUAUUAACCAGGGCUGACCUGCUUAGCUUCCCAGAUCUGAUGAGAUCAGGCUGUGCAGCAGUAACAAGAGAACGCAGACAAGCAAAGGCACCGGGAAAAUGGUCUCCCUCCACUUGCGUCUUUCAAGUUUCACGUUUAAAAAUUGAUCCCUCCAAGAGGAGAGGAGUCUGAAGGAGGGAAGAAAACGUAUUGGUUUGUAAAUGACAACAGGAAACGUAGCUGGUGAAUGAUGGACAAGGAGGUGGGAACCGAUCAUAGCCCAAAAUAUAUGGCAGCUAAGUAGGCCAUUGUGCAUUAAAAAGCAGGCAGAUCUUUGUGUUGGACACACAAAUACAAUGAGUGAUCAGGCAUGUGUAUGCAAUACACACACAUGCUAAUAUGCUUCACCCAGUCGAUACGUUGACCUAAAAUAAAAGCGGGAUGGAUUGUGUGGGUACCAUGCAUGCUAUGUAUGGGUUGGAUGUAGGCACCUACACAAGUGCUAUACAUUGGCACGCAUGGGAAGAGGCACCCGAUUCCCAGACUCCCAUACCCCUCUGCCAGGGCAUCUAUAUGAACUAGUUCUGUGUCAUAGCCACAAGAGCAGGGAGCUGCCAAAAAUAGAAGGGGGGAAAUUGAUAUCAAGCAAGGUGAUCUUUUCUUUAUUACAGCACUAUAAUCAAGCAUCUUGGCUAAACGCCUAAGUCCAAUUUCACAUAGGUUCUCAGUUUACAGUAAUGAUACAGAUGUGCAUUUGUUCCUCCCCAUUAACUGGAUGAGUCAUACAAUUUAGUGUUUCUGCUAUAAAAACAAAAUACAUAGAUAGGCAGAAUGAAACUGCUUGGUGUAUCUGUGUGUCAACUGGAGCCUUUUGCUUUUCCAGCCUAGGUCUUUCUGACCCAUAUAUCAGUGCUCUGUUUUGGAUUACAUAAUCCCAGAUGUCAGUGUAUUGUUUUGUACACCCAUCUGUCUUGCUCAAACUUAGAAUGUGCUAUACAAUAAUAGUCACAGGCUUAAAAAAUGAAAUCCUAGGCAAAGCAUCCUUUAUCCUCCUUUCUAGAAUCUGUUCUAGUGAUAUCUGUUCAUUGCCGUGUCUUCUGUGCAGGCACACACGGGGAACUGUGCAUGCGCAAGCCAGCUGCAGACAUUCCAAAGCACCUAGAGGGGGCAAGAUGCUCACCUAGACUUUUCGUUCUCUUUUCCCCCAGGUGUGGCUAUAGAAGGCAGGGUGAGUGGCUCCCUUCCUCAGUUCUUUUGCCACCACCUAAGAAGGAUGUGUCUCCUUUCCACUCCUUGGUUCCAACCAUUGCAGGCCUUGGACUCCAUGGCUGCAAAGAUCCUAUUCAAGAAGUGUUCACGUUGUGUGACAAAGAUGACCUAAUUGGGCACAACAAAGCCUUCUUUGUCUGGGCAAGGGCUAUGACACCUUGUGUGUGUGGUCUGUAAACAGUUUAUGCCCAAAGAGUGCCAUGAAAGGGUGUUGUGUCUUAAAGCAGCUCUUUGGGUAUCAGCCCUAAGGACUUCAUCGACUGAUGUUAAUGCCACAGAUAAAGGACAACAGUGCCCAGAAUGAGUCUUCUCGGUUCUUCCAGCAUGCUUGGGGCCUACCACUACCCAGAAGGACCAGUCAGAUCCAGCUGAGCCUUCAUUGUUUCCACCUCGGUGUCAGUCAGAGCCACCGACAAAAAAUGGCUAAGUUCAAGUCAUCUCGGCCUGUGCUUCUCAGCAGGUUGAUUUUGGCCCCAAAUGGGCUGAAUAGGGCCCAAAGCAGCACGCUGAGAAGCGCCUGCAUGUUCCUGUGCCUGUGGGAUGACAUCACUUCCUGGAAGUGAUGUCAUCACACGGGCACAGGAAGCAAUGAAAAGGUAAGCCCUUGGUUCACCCGCCUUCUGCCAGGAGGCUAAGGGGACCUGUCAUCCCUACCUGAUCCCUUGUUCCACACUGGCUGAUAUUGGAAGUAACCUAUAGCUCAAUAUGCUCUGGCAUCACAUGUUUUGAAGUAUACUCCAGGCCUAACUGUAGAGUUCCUUGCAGGAUUUUCAGUUCCUCCAUAAGGUGUAAUUGCUUUAUUUAUUUAUUUCGUUCAUAGUUUGCCUUUCUUGCUGAAAUUCAAGGUGGAUUGCAUAAUUAAACAAUAAAAAAUAUACACAAGUGACAAUGGCAUAAAUUGAAUUACUAAAGCAGAGAACAAUACACUAAAAACAGUAUAAUGCAUAAAUAAAAGAGUAUAAUUCAUGCAACAAACAGUGCAACAAAGCUGGAUGACAAAAUGUAGAGAACAAUGCAAUAAACUGGUAUAAUAUAUGCAAUUAAGAAAGCAGUUCCAGAUAAUGAAAUUUAUGGCUCACACUGCAAAAGACUGUGC